AUGAUCGUUGUGGAGAUAUUCUCCGACCCAGACUGGAGUGGUGCAUUAUCCCUUCAUAACGAUGCUGUCAGCCAUACAUGGUUAUUGAUAGAGAUCAUUUAUCGUUAUGCCUCACCCAAGUUGUGUGGGGAGCUUCUACUGCAAGUCCGUGAUGCAUUGAUAGAUUGGGAAACGAGACUGGCGCCUGGUAUCGGGGCGAUAGAAAAGGAUGAAGUUUUCGAAUUCGCUCCGAAAGCCCCGUUCGUCUGGUCGGAGGCUCAGGAUUUGCUUAGUAAGAUUUCACCUGUGUCGAGAAGAUGGGAUAGCGAUCGAGAUCUUUGCUCGAUGCAUGUUCCACUUUCGAGAUUUUAUGUGAUGUUGUAUACACUCACGUUGCAGAAAUACUUGUUGUCAACUUUUGCGAUUCGGCCGACGUUUGCCUGGACUGAGCAUGUGCCUCCCUCGAGCUCAUAUUCGGUUGAGGAGGGGGAGAGAUAUGUGAAGAAACUCUGCUGUGUUGUCAAGAUACUCUGUGCGUUAGUAUCACCUUAUGUUUCGGGCACUACGGAGACUGGAGGAAAGCAGUAUACCGAAGUGACUGCUAGACAUCAUUUGAGGCAACGACUGGCUGUUGCUGGUCAAUUAACGAUGUCGUAUGCGAGAGAUCCCCGUUUGGAUAAGUUCACCAACACGUUAGCAGUAGCUGACGCGCAGUUGUUGCAGGACAACUUGGAGGCGGUGGCUAAGGCUGAGAUUGAGCUUACUCAGAAUACAACAGGACAACGCAGUUCCUACAGCCUCCGAGAUGAUCAGUGGGGCCUUGUGGAUCUGCUUCAUCCGGUCUGGUUUUGGCGAGAACAACAGGAUGUUGAGGAAAGAUUGAUGGGGUAUCUGAAACGUGAGCAUCGUUCCCUUACUGCGUGGUGGUUUGAGGAUGUUAUUCACAACUCUCAACGGGCUAAGGUCCACAAGGAUCUUCGAGAUCAAUCGAUCCGGUUAGCCCGGGCGCCUGAGUUCCUGGCGAUUUGCUUCAUCGGUCUGUUGGCAGUGAAGUGA